AUGGUAUUCAUGGCAUGUUUCCUUGCAGGAGCAGCAGUCACCAGGACUGUUAGGAGACUCAUUGAGUACUUCCUCCCUGUUCGAGAGAGAGACAGAGGUGAGAAACAUUUUGUGGCCUCAGUUUCUGCAGAACUACCCAAUUCUGAUGCUUUCACCAAAGAGGCAGAGGUUAGGCUGAGGGCCCCUGCCAAGCCAGAGCAUGAGGCAGUGAACGACACAGAGGUCAAAAAUGCACCACGGCAAGCCUCCUGUGUGUGGGCAGCCUUGGCCAACUGUGCAGUUCAAGAGGACCCUUAUAUUCCAACAGCGCUGUUCAACACCAUAGCUCAAGAAGUCCCUGCAGUCAUGUUCAGUGCUGCAUCUCAGGAGAGAACCAGUGUCCCAGAAGUCAUGGUCAGUUCUGCAGCAAGAGAAGAUGCCUUCAUCUUAGUUGAAACCACAGCAGAAGACCCUCGUGUUCCAUCAACCAUGUACAUCAUUGUAAAACAAGAAGACAUCCGUGUUCCCAAGGUCAUGUUCGACAGCAGAACCUCACCUUACUCUGAACCUCAAGAGGAAAUUGGUGGUCCUGUCUUCAGGGUAGACUCUGCAGCAAGAAAAGACAACUUUCUUCCUGUCGUCCUGGUUGACGGGGCAGCACAAGAAAACUCCUCGUUUCCCUCAUCAAUGACUGACAUUAUAGAACAAGAGGACACCCAUGUUCCGACAGUUGUGUUCAAUGCUGCAGCACAAGAAGUCCCUGCAGUUGUGUUUCACUCUGCAGCUCAAGAGGAAAUCGGUGGUUCCGUAGUCAGCUUGGAUUCUGAAGCAAGAAAAGACAAACAUCUUCCCGUCGCCCUGGUUGAUGUUGCAGCACAAGAAGACCCCUGGUUUCCCUCAGAAAUGACAUACAUUGUAGAACAAGAGGACAUCCAUGAUCCCAUAGUUGUGUUUACUGCCGCAACACAAGAAGUCCCUGCUGUUGUGUUUGACUCUGCAGCUCCAGAGGAAAUUGAUGGUCCUGAAGUCAGGGUACAUUCCGAAACCAAAAAAGACAACUAUCCUCGGGUUGUCCUUGUUGAUGUUGCAGCACAAGGAGAUCCCUGGGUUCCCUCAUCAAUGAAUGACACUUUAGAACAAGAGGACACCCAUGUUCCCAUAGUUGUGUUUACUGCCGCAACACAAGAAGUCCCUGCAGUUGUGUUUGACUCUGCAGCUCAAGAGGAAAUUGGUGGCCAUAUGUUUGGAGACUCUGAAGCAAGAAAAGACAAUUAUCUUCCUGUAGUCCUGGUUGAUGCUGCAGCACAAGAAGACCCCUGGGUUUCCUCAGAAAUUAACAACACUAUGGAACAAGAGGACAUCCAUGAUCCCAUAGUUGUGUUUACUGCCGCAACACAAGAAGUCCCUGCAGUUGUUUUUGACUCUGCAGCUCAAGAGGAAAUUUGUGGCCACAUAGCCGGGGUAGACUCUGCAGGAAGAAAAGACAACGAUCUUCCUGUUAUCUUGGUUGAUGUUGCAGCACAAGAAGACCCCUUGGUUCCCUCGGCAAUGAACAACACUUUAGAACAAGAGGAUACCUGUGUUCUUAGAGUCAUGCUCAAUGCCACAGCACAAGAGGCCCCUGCAGUUGCAUUUGGUUUUGCAGCUCAAGAGGAAAUCGGUGUCCCUGUAGCCAUGGUUGAUGGCAAAACACUAGAAGACACUUGCUUUCCUGAAGCCAUUUAUGAUGCAGUAGCACAAGAAUACACCCAUGGUCCCGCAAUCAUGUUUGAUGCUUCAGCACAAGAAGAACCUACAACUGUGUUACGAGCUGUGUCUCGAGAGCACACUGGCAUCCCUGUAAUUGUGAUUGAUGCCGCAGCCCAAGAAGACCCUACUGUUCCUUCGGACAUGUACAGCAUUGUAGAACAAGAGGAGACCUGUGUUCUUACAGCCAUGUGCAAUGCCAAAGCCCAAGAAGCCCCUGCAGUCGCGUUUGACUCUGCAGCUCAAGAGGAAACCAAUGUCCCUGUCGACAUUGUUGAUGCCAAAGCACUAGAAGACUCUUGCUUUUCCAAAGCUGUGUAUGAGGCGGUAGCACAAGAAGCCACCAAGGUUACAGUUGUGGUUGAUGCCACAGCUCAAGAAGAAUCUGCAAUUGUGUUAGAAGCUGCAUCUCAGGAGCACACCGUUGUCCCUGUAAUUGUGUUCAGUGCCGCAGUACAAGAAGACACCUGUUUUCCUGAAGCUGUGUACGAUGCAGUAGUACAAGUACACACUUGUGUUCCAACAGUUGUGGUUGAUGCUGCAUCUGAAGAGCACAUUGGUGUCCCUGUAGUCAUGGUUGAUGCUUCAGCAAAAAAACAACACAAAACUGUGUUUGGCACCGCAGCACAAGAAGAUCCCACAAUUGAGUAUGAAGCCGCAACGCAAGAAAAAAUAGUUGUCCCCAAAGUUGUGGUUGAUACCGCCACACAAGACACCUGUUUACCCUCCGCUGAUUAUGGAGCAGUAGCAAAAGGAGACACGCAUAUUCCCAAACUAGUGGUCAGUACAGUAGCUUAUGAGCUCAUGGCUGACAUCACAGCACUAGAAGACACAUGUUUUCCCAAAGCCAUGUAUUAUGCAUUAGCACAAGAAGACGCUCGUGUUCCCACAGACGUAUUAGAUGCCACAGCACAAGAAGACCCUGCAAUUGUGUUUGAAUCUGCAUCUCAAGAGCACGCUAGUGUCCCCGUUGUCGUGAUCAAUGCCGCAGCACAAUUUGACCCUGCAAUUGUGCUCAAAGCUGCGUCUGGAGAACACAUUGGUGUACCCACAGCUAUGGACAUUACAACAGCACAAAAAGACACCUGGGCUCCAAAACUAGUGGUCAGUACAGUAGCUCAAGUGCAGACUGGUGUCACUGUAGCCAUGAUUGAUGCCACAACACAAAAAGACCCCUGUGUUCCCUCAGCUAUGCACAAUGUGGUAGAACAGGAGGACACCUGUGUCAUGAUCAACGGCACAGCACAAGAAGUUGCCCAGAAUGUUUUCAACUCUGCAACUCUAAAGGAAACUGGAGUCACUGUCGACACCACAGAUCAAGAAAACACCUGUGCUCCCACAGUCUUAGUUGAUGACACAGCAGAAGACCCCUGUGUUUCCUCAAACAUGUAUAACAUUGUACAACAACACAACACCUGUCUCCCUACAGUCGUCUUUGAAGCUGUAGUUCAAGAAGAUCCUGCAAUUGUGUUUGAAGCUGCAUCUGAGGAGCGUACCGGUGUCCCUGUAGUUGUAAUCGAGGCCGCAGCUCAAGAAGACACCUGUAUUUCCAAAGCUAUGUGUGAUGCAAAGGCAGAAGAAGAUACGUCUUUUUUUUUUUUUGAUGGCGCAACACAGGAUCCCUGUGUUCCUGCAGCCAUGUGUGAUGCCAGUGCACAAGAGGACACUCAUGUCCUGAUCACAGCAACAGCAGGGGAGAGCAAAUGUUGCACUAAUGAGGAAGAGGACUUAACGCAAUCAGAUUUGUCCAGGUACCGAUCUGGAUCCAGUGGCGAGUAUGACAUCAGAGUUGAGUAUGGGUCCAGUGAUGACUCCAAAGACCAGUAUGGCUCCAGUGAUGACUAUGAAGACCAGUGUGACCCCGGUGAUGACUUCGGAGACCAGUAUGACUUCAGUGAUGAGUGCAACUGCAGUGACCAUUAUGACUCCAGUAAUAAGUACGACUCUGGUGAUCAGUAUGACGCUAGUGAUGAGUACAACUCUGGCGACCAGUGUGAGUUCUAUGAUGAGUCCAAAGUGCAAAAGCAAAGACUGGAGAAAGCCAUUUGAACUGAAGAAUGGUAAAUCAUCAUUGACCUUUCUUUAUUUGCUCUGUUGCUGUCCGACAAACACGAUUCCUGCCAUGUCCUCUCCAUUGUUUGUUCAUUCAUUUGUAAAUUAUAUGCAUGUAUAGUCUUUUGGAGACUAUUGUAAUUGAGUUACC